AUGUUUAGCAAGCCUUAGCUUCAGCCCAGGCUUGGAAAUAACUCCUUGGUAUUUUCUGGUUGCUCCAAGGUCUGCCUGCUGGCUGUGAGCUGUGUCCUCCAGCCCAUGUCCCAGGCGUGGGUGGACGCGAGAGGGAGGAGAGGAUGCUCACAGACACCAAAUCGACACCUUGUGGGUGAUGAGUGGCUCUUCAUUAUUAGCUGUGAGGCUCGGCAGCUGCUCCUCAACUCAACAGCAGAGCAGUGCGGAUGGACUGACAGCUUUUCUCCCCAUCUGGACAUGGAUAAGAGUGGCAGAUGUGGCUCUGGGGCCACCAGAAGUGGGAUGCCCAGAUCCUGGGGGGUGCUGGUUCCAGCCCAGCCACCCAGUUGCACCCGACUCAGCAGUACCAGAAAUUGCCCUAGAAAAAUGAACCAGCUUCCUCCGAAGAGUCCUUUGGCGUCCCUGGUGUCAGAGGGCACGAAUUCCAGGGUAGAGUCCUUGGACAACUUGUCAAUGGACAGUUUUUGGCUGGAAGUAGAGAACAUUAAGCAGAGCGCUGAAGCCGAGCAAGAGGAAUGCAGCCUUGCAGAUGUCAAAACGCAAGAGGAGGGAGAAGCUGAAGCCGAGUGGCUCCAGGAUGCAGGUCUGUCCGACCUCCUUGGGGAUGGUGCGUCGGAAAACGACAACAUCAUGCUGCUCUCCACCCUGACCAAGACCCAGGCAGCUGCCGUGCAGCGGCGGUUGGAUACCUACUCCCGGUCUCGGAGGAGGAAGAACAAGCAUCCUGUGCGUGAUGUCCGAGACAUUUUUGGAGUGGCUAACUCUGAGGAAAUGGUGGCGAAGAAAGAGGAGUCCAGCCCAGAUCAGAUUUGGCACAAUGUACGGACUUCAAAUGUACAGAAAUCAGAAACUCAGGAUUAUUCCUGCACAGUUCGAAACCCUGGAAAAGAGGAGGUGUUCAACAUGGAUGUUGCCUACUCGGAGCAAGCGGCUGUUCUGCUCAAGGGAUCAUUCCUGUCUGAAUCUAGAAGGCUAAAGGAUGGAAAUGCCCUAACAAAAUUUAAGAUCUCCAAGGGCAGACUAGGACUGACCAGGAUUGGAGACCUGUCUGCUCAGGACAUGAAGAAGAUCCCUACACUGGCUCUUAUUGAACUAACAGCUCUCUGUGAUGUUCUGGGCUUUGAGCUGAAGAGAAAUAAGGCAGCUAAACUGAAAACAACAGAGAAAAGACUCUUUGGUGUUCCACUCAACACUCUGUUGGAGAACGACCAAAAACUUCUUCCCAACACCAAGGUUCCUCUGUUACUCCAGGCACUGCUGUCCUGUUUAGAAAAGAGAGGACUUGAAACGGAGGGCAUUUUGAGAGUUUCUGGAUCCCAGACUAGAAUCAAGAGUCUGGAACAGAAGUUAGAAAGAGAAUUCUAUACUGGCCUUUUCCGCUGGGAUGAAGUCCACCAGAAUGACGUAUCUGGGCUACUAAAAAGGUUCAUAAGAGAGCUGCCAGCGCCACUGCUAACGGCAGAGUACCUUCCUGCUUUUGCUGCUGUACAAAAUAUUCCAGACUUGAAGCAAAGAUUGCAAGCGCUGAAUCUUCUGAUCCUGAUUCUUCCAGAGCCCAACAGAAAUACUCUAAAGGCUCUGCUUGAAUUUCUCAGCAAAGUGGUUUCCAGGGAGAACAACAACAAAAUGAACCUCUGGAACGUUUCCACAGUCAUGGCCCCAAACCUCUUUAUGCAUAAGGGACUGCCAAACAAGAUCCCUGAAGGGAAGGAGAAACAGCUGGCUGAGGGAGCAGCUGAUGUUGUGCGGAUGAUGAUCCAUUACCAGGAUUUGCUCUGGACAGUCUCUUCUUUCCUUGUAGCUCAAGUGAGAAAACUGAAUGAGAGCAAUAGCAAAAGGUACCAGUUUUGUGACAAACGGAUUAAAAAUUUGUUGCGAAAAAUUCAUGCUGACAAAGAGAAGGUGGAAAAGAAACAGGCAGAGCCUUCCAAGACUGUGAAAGUCCACGCUUCGCUUCUCCUGAAGGAUUCGCUAGAGGUGCAUUUGAACAACGCAACCAGAGUUGCUGAUGUCUUGAAACAGUUUCAAAAGAACCUGUGUCAGAACGGCUGGAAUAUCGUUAACACUGUUAACUUCCUCAAGUGUAACAACUCAAUGGAAUGCACAAACCUGCUCCUGUAUGAAGUGGGAGGCAAUAUCGGUGAACGUUGCCUGGACCCAGACACAUAUCUCUUGGACUUGUACCACAUCAAUCCCCAUGCUGAAUGGAUAAUUAAGCAAAACCCAUCUUAUCCUCGUAUGUUUUAAGGAAGGCAUGUGCAAAAUGAAGUAUUCGGUUAAAGUGGUUUUGGAAGGCGUGGAAAAGCUAUAGAGAUAUUCCUAAAAUAGUCCCAGACUGGACAACGCUUGUGUCUCUGAAGGAAAACCAACUUUCCAUGCCAGCCGUCUGUGAGAACACAGUAGCCUACACGCUGACAGGGGUGUUGAUAGCAAGCGGCAAUUAUCAUUAUGUAGCAGACUUUGCUGGGGGUGUGAUUAUUCAUAGACAAAACAGCCCCUCAAAACAAACCCUGCAAACAAAGCUACAGUGAUGGUGCAGCAAAGACAGAAUGUAAGAGAAGAAACGUCUUCUCGAAGAUGGUAGAAGACACCUGUUUCUUUUGUAUUUGUUCUUUCUUUUGAUCACUUCUACGUUUUGGAGGAGAGACACUCAAAUGCUGCAGAGGUACUAAUGACGUCCCUUUGGCAAGAUCCGCUGUCAAGUGUUAUACUUCAUUAGAAGUUGAGAUCCUGGGUUUCACUAAUAGGAUGCUGUUAUGUUUCUUUGAGGAAUGAAAAAGGAUGCUUCCAAAAAGGCCAGGUGGGAUGCGAAGCAAAUAUUCUGUGUUUAAUGUCUACCGUUACCUAUGUAUGUGCUACACAAGAAAAUAACUUUCCUUGGAAAAAAGCACGGGAUGGAAAACAGCCUUUCAAAUGUACAGUUGGAUCGGAGAGGUGCCUGUCCUGUACUGCUGGUGAUGCAAACCCAACCGUACAGGUUGCCGUUGAGGGUAAAAAAGGCAUUUAUUUUACUGGACAACCUAUAUAUCAAUGGAUAACUGAGAAAUGUCCUAAUGUUAAGUUGAAGUUAAUCUGAUUUGGCCACGUGAACUAAACUUCUUUUUGGAAGAGACUGCGUGAACAUAUAUGUUUAAGGGAAAACAAACCAAAACCUAAGAACCCCCAAGAUGUGCAGUGGCUGAAAUAAGAUGUCCAUGCCUGUAUCUGGCCACACAGUGGUACAGAAUUGAGCCUUUGCCACUCUGACUGUAUGUUUUCAUCUCACUCAGCACAAUGUGAUGACUGUGGUCUUGGAGGGAUGAGAGUGGAACAGAACACUUAUGCCUCAAGACGCUGCAUAAUCGUGUGGCUUCAGCUCAAAUUAGACUGCACUUGUGGAAGAGGAGUGCAGAAGUAUUGUUCUCCUUUCCAGCAACGCUGAAAUACCUCACGUGAGGGAUCCUACUAUGCAGUUACAGGGGUGGAACAUGCACGGUUUCUGAAAAUCCUGACACCUUUUUUUAUGUACUGUUUCUGAACAUUGUUGGAUAUUUAUUCAUCUGGCAGGGCUGCCCUGCAAGCCUAUACUCGAACUAUUUCAUUUGCCAAGUCCUAGCUGCACUAAUGACAAUCUCCAGUAUUAUUUCUUUCAUUUAACCGAAUUUGUUUCCAUUGCAGUCUGAACUUUCCCUCCUCUGUUCCCUCCCCAUCCCUCGGCUGAUGUGUAGCUAUUGCUUUUCUUUAUCUCAGUGCCCUACUUUCUAUUGUAAGGGCACUUCAUUCUGUGGUUUGUCUGUGUUUAAAUUCUCUUGGUGGUUAAGAUCCUUGAGGAACGCAUGAGGCAUAGUUCAUGUUCUUCCUAACCUGUUGUGAAUACUGUGUGAGUGGUGCUGAUAUCUCAAAAUUAUGCUUAUAUUAGAGAGCAUGUCUACCUUUUUUGGUUGAGAUGAUGCAGAUACACUGACUGGGAUCAUCUUCAUACCUGUCUUUUUAAGAACCCGUAAUAGAAAGUAGCAAGAAAACCCCACUACCUAACCCAGAACCCCAAUGUCAAGACUUCUUGAGGUGCCUCUUUUCUUAUAGGGCUUAAAUUGUGCCUAAAGUGGCCGGAUUCUUGCCCUUGAGUCUGGUUGAUUUGUGUCUCUUGAAAGAUCAAGCUGCUUUAAAAUUGGGCAUUAAAGAUCAAUGGUACCUGUUCACUUAUUGCUUCUGGAAAUCUUUAUGCAGUGAAGACGCUCAGCAAAGAGCGAAUGCCAGAAAUGUGAUGCUCUGAGAAAUACCUCGAUCACAAAGCUAUCAGUGGGAGAGAGAGGAACCUGUUCAUACUCAAAAAUGCUUUGUAAGCUGAAUUGCAUCCUUGCAAAUCAUGUAACGCUGCAUUUUCCCCCACCCCUUAUAUGCUGGGUGACUUUUUACGCAUAAUGGCUUCUACGCGUAUGAGGGGGCAAUGCUACAUCACUGCUUCUGUAAACAACAAGUCAGUGGGUUUUUUUUGAAUACCAAACAAAUGUGAAUCAUUGCUGUGAAAAACAAGGUCAGUGGGCAAUUCUCAUGAGACAAAUAUCGGUUCUCAAAUAUGAAAGGGAAUGAAAAAGAAACAUUGUCUCAUUCCAGGUGAUGGAUAUCCUUUUUUACUUUUCUUUCCUAUCUUUGUAUCAAAAAGUAAGUACGAUUUUUUUCAGUCAUUGAUGUGCAACCUACUUCUGAAUGCCAGCUUUU